GCUGCGUCCUCCUGGGACAGAGUGGCCGGUGCCAGUGCUGUCUUGCUGACCUGCCUGUCGACUGCCAGUGACCCACUCCCUCGUGCCCCACCCCGGCCCCAGCUGGGCAGCGGGCGGCAGGCACCAUGGCGCAGACGGAUGUGCUGCUGACCAAGCAGCCGGCCCCGCAGACGGUGCCGCCCUGCGAGCUGUCCCCCAGGGAGUACCAUGUGGCCUGCAACACGGGGGCCUACACGUCCUCGGGCCUGGCCACCGCCGGCUUCCGCACGGCCAAGUACCUGAUGGACGAGUGGUUCCAGAACUGCUACGCCCGCUACCACCAGGCCUUCGCGGACCGCGACGGCUCGGAGCGGCAGCGGCACGAGAGCCAGCAGCUGGCGGCCGAGACGGCGGCGCUGGCGGAGCGCACCCAGCAGGACUCCACGCGCAGGGUGGGCGAGCGUCUGCAGGACAUGCACUGCUGGCAGUCGGAGCUGCAGCACCAGGUGGGCCAGCUGGCCGCCGACGCGGACCUGCUGCUGGCCCAGAAGCAGCGGCUGGAGCGCGCCCUGGACGCCUCCGCGGUGCCCUUCUCCAUCGCCAUGGACAACCUGCAGUGCCGGGAGCGCCGGCAGCACCCCGACCUGGUGCGGGACCACGUGGAGGUGGAGCUGCUGAAGGAAGCUGAGCUCAUCCGGAACAUUCAGCAGCUUCUGAAGAGGACCAUCAUGCAGGCUGUGAACCAGAUACGGCUGAACCGCCAGCAAAAGGAGACUUGUGAGAUGGACUGGUCAGACAAGGUGGAGGCCUACAACAUCGACGAGACCUGCGCUCGCUACCACAACCAGAGCACCCAGGUGCAGUUCCAUCCACACUCCACCAAGUUUGAGGAAAGCGCCUCCACGACCGAGACCUGGGCCAGGUUCACCCAGGACAACCUGCUCCGCGCCGAGCGCGAGCAUCUGGCCUCGGUCAACUUGCGGACUCUCAUCGACGCCAUCCUGCGGGACACCAGUGAGGACCUGCGGCUGCAGUGCGACGCCGUCAACCUGGCCUUCGCGCGCCGCUGUGAGGAGCUGGAGGACGCGCUCCACAAGCUGCAGUUCCACCUGCGCAAGACGCUGCGGGAGAUCACCGACCAGGAACACCAGGUGGCAGUGCUGAAGCAGGCCAUCAAGGACAAGGAGGCCCCGCUGCGCGUGGCACAGACCCGCUUGUACCAACGCUCAUACCGGCCCAAUGUGGAGCUGUGCCGGGACACCGCCCAGUUCAGGCUGCUGAGCGAGGUGGAGGAACUGAACUUGUCCCUGGCUGCCUUGCGGGAGAAGCUCCAGGAGGCAGAGCAGGCGCUGCGCAACCUGGAGGAGACGCGGCUGGACUUGGAGAAGGACAUCGCUAUCAAGACCAACAGCCUGUUCAUUGACCGCCAGAAGUGCAUGGCCCACCGUGCCCGGUACCCCACUGUCCUUCAGCUGGCCGGCUACUAGUGACCGGUGCUGGUGCCUGGCCGUGCUGUCCUGCCUGCCCCAAAUAAAGAACAUGUUAACUUUC